AUGGACUUCGUGGAAACCGAUCACGCCGUGUACUUCUACGGCCAGCGCGACCCUGCGUUCGGCUUUUUGAGCAACUUUUACCCGUGCGAGUUUACGGACGCCAAAGGGCGUCGCUUCUUCUCUAGCGAGCAGUACUUCAUGAAGCGAAAGCAGGAAAUGUUCGACCCGCAGAACGAGCAGCUGGCCAGUUCCAUUCUCCGAGCGAAGUCGCCGCCUGUUGCAAAGAAGUUGGGGCGACAAGUAAGAAACUACGACGACGAAGUGUGGGGUCAGCACCGGUACGAGGUGAUGCUGGAGGCGCUGAAGCUCAAGUUCUCGUCCGACGAGGAGUUGACUGCGAAACUGUUAGCGACGCAAGACAAGCGGCUCUAUGAGGCUUCGCGGCGCGACGCAAUCUGGGGCAUCGGACUCAGUGUGGCCAACGUCGUCAAAAUGUUCCGUGAAGGUGAAGCUUUUCGACGCACUGGAGACGUGAGCGAGGAGAUACAAGCGCAGUGUUUUGGUACGAAUCUGCUGGGCAAUGCGCUGAUGGAAACUCGUACCUGGCUUCAGCCACAGGAGUAG